AUGCAGAUGCUCGGCCGUGCAGGACGACCCCAGUUCGACGACAGUGCAACUGCCAUCAUCCUGACCCGGUCUGCAAACAAGGAACGCUACCAGAAAAUGGUCUCGGGCCAAGAAAUCCUCGAGAGCACGUUACACCUCAACCUGAUUGAGCAUCUUAACUCGGAGAUCUGCUUAGGCACCAUCCACAACCUGCCAUCCGCCAAAACGUGGCUCGGCGGAACUUUCCUGAGCGUCAGACUCAGGCGCAAUCCCAACUACUACCGGCUCACGGGGCGUGCGCGGUCUGGCGCGGCGGUGGAUGAGCUUGUAGUGGAAGCCUGUGACGGCGGCCGGAGGGUGGUUUUGCUGGACAGGGUCGUCACGGAGGACUUGGCGCGGGCAUGCCGGAGAUGCGGGCCCGGUGUCCGGCCCCCGGCCGGUGCUGGCACCCGAAGCAACCCGGCGAGCAGUGAGUACCCCGGUAGAGGUAGUAGGCCUUGCUGUUAG